GUCCAGUUGCCGCCGCCUGCGCCGCGGCUUGGCGUUCGGGGCCCCCAGUGGCCGCCGCUCGUGUCGGACUCUGUCAUUCUCGGACUGUCAUUCUCGGACUCAUCGCAGCUGCGCCUCUUUGAGCCGCCGUCGGCCUCUGAGGUAGGUCGUAACUUGGCUUUGCCGGACUAGAAAAGAAAGCGGGGGUUGGCCGUGGCUUGGAGGAUCUGAGCGGACUGAAUAGGGCCGAAUAGAGUGUGUGGGGGGGGGUGCGUCGGCGCUUUGGGCAGCCUUGGGGAGGAGAAGGAACAGUAGAAGUGACGCGGGGAAGGCUUGCUCCUCUGCGGCAGAAAAGGCUCUUCUGUAGUGGACAAAAUGUCUAAGAGAAAAGAGGACGAUUUCCUCCCAGCUACGUAUCAGAAAAAAGCAAGGCCAGGGCCAGAGGGGGCUUCAGAAGAGGGCCUGGAGAGAGGCUUCUCUGAGAGUGUGUCUUAUGGAAGUUCUGUUUAUCGGUCAGAGCCCCAGGAACUUGGGAUCAUUGAAAGUAUCCACCUGGAGAACUUUAUGGGCUAUUCCAAGCUUGGACCUGUGAAAUUCGGAUCUAAUGUCAAUUUUGUGGUGGGACACAGUGGGAAAAAUGCGUUGUUGAAAGCUCUCAUAAUUGGUCUUGGUGGAAAAUCGUUAGGCUCGUCUUUGAAAGAGUUUGUGAAAGAUGGAGAGGAGUCAGCUAACAUCUCCAUCACAUUAAGGAACAGGGGGGAAGAUGCUUUUAAAGCUGACUUUUACGGGGACUCCAUAACUGUGUACCAGCACAUCAGUGUGGAUGGGAGUACAAGUUAUCAGCUAAUAAACCAUUCAGGAAGCGUGAUUUCUUCUAAGAGAGAGGAUCUUAUGGCCAUUCUUGAACAUUUUAAGAUACAGGUGGAUAAUCCGGUGUCUAUUUUACCACAUAAGGUGGGCAGGCAGAUAAUGAGGAUCAGAAAUGAAAAUGACAGAUACAAAUUGUUUAUGGAAGCAACUGAGCUUGAACAGAUGAGAGAAGGCUAUGCUAAAAUUUUGGCCAGAAAGCUCAGAAGCCAGCAAGAAAUAGAACAAGGAGCAGAGCAGCUUGAGGAGCUCCGCCGGCAGGGUGUAGAGAUAGAAGAGCAUUUUCAGACGAUGGGUGCUUUGGAUCAGAGAUUAGAGAACUUAAAGCAAGAGAAGACUUGGGCACUGGUGAAAGAAACCGAAAGAACAAUCAGUAAUAUGAUAAGUGAUAUAAAUGUUGAAGAUCAACAUACUGUCAUAUUAAAUCAUGACCUGGAGGUUUCCCGAGUCACGUAUAAUGAAACAUUACAGAGGUACAUAGCCAUUCAUGAGAAUGUGGUCAAGUUAAAUGAAGAAGCUGCUAUCUUAGAGCCCAAAUACAGUGAGGCAAAAGAAAUUGCUAAGAGAACAGACAGGGCAUACCGUCAAGCAACAGCUUUCUAUAAUUAUUCCCAGACUGAACUGGCCAAAUUAGACAAAAUUUCAGAGCAGCUUCAUGACAAAAUUGUGGACUUAAGAAAGAAUCUGGAGCUAGCAGAAUUAGAAAAACAGAAAAAAAUCUCCUCAUUAAAGGAACAGAUAAGUAACUUUAAGAAUCAAGAGGAUUCUCUUGUUCAAGAAAUAAAAUAUCUUCAUCAGUCCAUAGAAAAAGAUGAUGAAGACCAUUCUAGAAUUAGAGAAGAAGAAACAUUUGUGCAGGAAAUACUGAAUGAGAAUCAAGAACAUCUAAAGCAUUUGAGAGACUAUAAAAAUGACCCCCUAAAACGAUUUGGACCCCAGAUUCCUGCCCUUCUGGGAGCCAUAGAAGAGGCCUACAAACAAGGAUACUUUACUCGCAAACCAUUAGGUCCACUAGGAGCUUGCAUUAAUCUCCGAUUCCCUGAAUAUGCUUUGGCUAUUGAGACCUGCCUAAAAGGCCUUCUUCUUGAUUUUUUCUGUGACAACUCCAAAGAUGAGCAAGUCCUGCAGGAGUUGCUGAAAAGGUUUUAUCCAACAACCUGUUCUGAUAGACCACAGGUAAUUGUGUCAUCCUUUCAGUGUGAGUUUUAUGAUGUAACAGAGAGAGCAGCUUGUCACCCUGAGUAUCCAUCGGUUCUCUCAGCUUUAGAAAUUGAAGAAGCUGUGGUGGCCAAUACUUUGAUUGACUUGAGAAACAUAGAAUCAGUCCUGCUAAUUAAAAGUGAGAAUUUUCCUACUAUGUAUGCGCAGGGACGCCCCAAGAACUGUAACAGAAUUCUGACUGUUUGUGGUGACCAUGUUUUUGAGGGACGCUUUUACACCUCUGAAGAAUUGAGACCUAUUUACUUAGGUGAUAUGGAAGGAGAAAUCAGCAUUUUGGAGAAAGAAGUGGAAAAUAAGAUGGCAAAGUUGUCAGAAUUUCAAGAACAAGUGUGUGCACUUCAAGAUGAUAUCAGGAAGAAUCGAGAAAUAAUUGACAGUCAUUAUCGCCAUUUAAGAGAAAUAAAAGGUAAUGUAAUCAAUCUCUCUUCAGAAAUAAGAGAUCUUGAAGAUGAAGAAGAAAACCAGUCAGUAGAUCUCUCGGUCCUGGAAGAUGAAGCUGAAGAAAUUAAAGAAGAGAUGAAAGAAGUUGAGAAAAAGAUAGAAACUCGAAGAGAAACCAUGGAGAAUUUAAAGCAACCAAAAAUAGAUGCUGAACAGAGACAUGAGGAAUUUAGAAUAAAAUGUAAUCAAGUUUCAGAAUUAGUAGAAUCCCUCAUGGAAGAACGAAACCAAACUGGCUUAGAAGUGACUGCUCAGCACCAAUCUGUGUUGCAUUAUCAAAACAGGCUCAGGCAACAUAUAGAUUCUCUCCAGCUAGUAAAAAAUGAGCUGGCAAUGAAAGAGAAAGAACUUGAGAGGGAGAUUGCUCAGGCUAAUUACAUUUGCCCUGAACGCAUAGAAGUUACAAGAACCUCUGAUGUUCUUGACAGAGAAAUUGAUUUAUUAACCCAGAGGAUACAAUCAGAAAACUACACUAACAAAAAACGAGAAGACAUAACAAAGCAGUACCAGAUUGCAAAAGAAAAAUAUCUGGAUCUCAAUGGCAAGAUGAAUAAUUUGAAAAGCUUUAUUGAAACACUGGAUGAAAUACUGGAACAGAGAUAUGAAACAUACCAGAAAAGCAGAAAAAGUCUUUCUUUACAAUGCAAGUUGUUCUUUGACAACUUACUGUCUCAGUGGUCCUUCUGUGGAGAGAUGCGCUUUAAUCACAAGAAUGAGACUCUCUCUAUAACAGUCCAACCUGGAAAUGCUGCUUAUGGUGACAUGGGAAUCUUAUCAGCAAAUGGAACCUCUUUCACCAACUUUUUAUUCAUUCUUACUUUAUGGUCUGUCACAGAAUCUCCCUUCAGAUGCCUGGAUACCAUUGAUAUCUACAUGGACAGGAAAAGUAGAAAAAUUGCCAUGGACAUGAUCCUCUGGGUAUCACAUUUCUACCAAAACCACCAAGUCAUCCUGCUCAGUUCCCAGUUCAUGACCGCUCUUCCUCAAAGUCCACUUGUUGAAAUACUCGAAAUGCCAGAUCUUGAAAAUGAUGAGCAACCCCUGCCUUUGGAAUCAGCCAAUCCAAACCAAGAUUGAAUUCUUAUUUUCAUGUGAUUGUGCUAUCUACACAGUGUGGUACUUUGUUUUAUUUUUCUUAAAGUGUUUGCAGUGUUGUGUUUAAAAAUCUCACUACUUUGAAAAAUGUAUUUAAUAGUUAAAAGUGUUUCAGAAAAGCAAAGUGACAGGAAAGAGUACAGUAUGAUUUCCCCAUCAGACCUCCCCUACAAAGAACUGGAAAACACAGCAGACUGAAUUCUGACCUGGAAAUCUAAGAAAAAGAAUUCUUUGGACAAUUGGGAUGGGGUCUUGGCCUUGUACCAUAGCAGCAUCUGGGGACUGAAAGAAAAAAAACUAGACACCUGGGCAGGAAACACUAGUAAUGAGAGUAAAAUUGUUUUCUGUGAUAUAAGUGACUCUUUUUUAUUAGGUCACUGUUUGUGUUAAAGUAUUUUGAUGCUUGUUUUUCAGUGUUAAGAUAAAUAUAUGUAUAUUGUAAAUUGGUAAAUUGUGUGUGUGUGUGUGUGUGUAUGUGUGUGUGUUGAUAGACAACUGAUAAACAUAUGGAAUAUCCAUAUAUGACCACCAACCAGUGGAAAAACUUGUAAAAAAUAUCACCAUUAACUUUUGUUAUCAGUGAUCAAUGAAGUUAUUUGGUAAAUUUGUUUAGUCACCAAUUAGAACUUGGGUGUAAUUAGCUAAUGCCCCAAACUGCCUGGCUCCAGUCUUCACCCUGCUUUCGGGUUAAGAUUAACCCUCGCUCCUGUGUUCCUUGUACUUGUGACUCCAUUCUCACAUCGUGUUUGCUUGAAGACAUUGCUGAUCGACUGACAAGGAUUUCUAGACUUGCCAGCCAACCACCAUUUUGGAGACAUCAUUCACAAGCGAUUGGAGUCAUGCUUAUUGAUGUUCAAGUGCUGUGAUUUCAUCAUUGGUGCCUUCGUGACCCUAUUGCUGCUCAUCGUUGCUUAUUUCAUUGCACAUUCUUUCCUACGUAUCACCUCAGUACCUUUUUGCAGCCCCUUGCAACCAAGAAUGGCUUCAUUCUUUGGUUACUUAUUUACUAUCCAACAGUUCCUGUAAAUCACAGUUGUGACAAACAGAAUACAUAAGGAUACGAAUUACUGCCAGCAUGAGAGUGGGGACUGCCACCUUCUUAGAUACCCCAUUGAAAAAAGAGGGGUUACACACUUUAGAUUUGCCUGAGGCACAAGAAAUCCUCACCAAGAUGUCACCGUGAUCAUUGAAAUCUCAUCGAGAGGUGGUGCAGGCAAUCAAAGACUUUAGCCACAACUGGCCUAAAGAAAGAUAUGAUGGACAUGAUAGUGAUUACCAGACUGAAAAUUGCAGGGUAUUGGUUUGAGUGGGAUAUUAUUAAGAUGUGUUCUCUUCUAUUCGUUCUUGGCUUGGUCUGCAGAGGACUUGCCAUGAGAGAACAUGGGACAAAUCGAAAGAUCUAUUGUCCUAAUACUUUAAACAUAUUUUAAAAUGUAUUAAUGCUAUGUGUAAUAUUGAUGCUUCUGUGUACUAUAUGUUCUCACCCUAAGCAAUGAAAACAUUGAGUGUUGGGAAUCACAAUCAGUUAGUGAUAAUUAUACUACUUUGCAUAGACUAUCCUAGAUGACUGCAGGGAUAAUCAGCAGCCAAAGGGUGAAUGUAGUGAGAAUACAUUUGUUGCCUUGAUAUUUAACUGAUUCCAUUUUUAAUAGGUCUCUAUUUUGUGAUGAAGUGUUUAUAUGUUUGUUUUUUGUAACUUCUCUUUAAAUAUUAAGAUUAGAAUAUUAUUGUAGAGGUUGGUAAAUAACAUGUUUGUGUUCAUAAAUAAUUGAUAAAUAUGUGUGACUUCCCUCCAUAUAGGACAAAACACCAACAGGAAAAUUUGGUAAAGAAACUCACCUUCAACUUCUGUAUUCAGCUAUCUGUCAAAUGAAUUAGUAAACAUAUUAGGUUACCAGCUUCUAAUAAGAAUUUGGGCAUAACUAGUUCAUGCCUUUUGCUAAAACUAAAAGAAAUCUAUUGGAGGUCCUAGCCUUCAGCCUGCUCUUGGAUGGAGAUGGAGCCUGGUACCUGUGUUCCCCAUACUUGAGAUUCAGUUCUCCUUCCCAGGACCCCCACCCACAUUCACUUGAAGACAGUGCCAAUUAACUGAUGUUGAUUUGCCAGCUUGCUAGAAGAGAAGGAACCAAGUUUUUGAGUAUCAGUACAAGAUAAACUUAUUGGUAAGCACUAGGAAAUGAGGUUGGUGAUUUGUUCCUAAUGGGGUUAAUGUUUUAUUUUGUAAUAUUUAAUAUAAACCACAGUGACCUGGUGUUUGACAAACCCAAAGACCCAAGCAAUUGGGAUAAUAACUCAGUAUUUAAUAAAUCUUCUGGGUGUAUAAAAUACUGAGAAAUAGUGUAAUAGAAACUAGUCAUAGACUAACAUCUCACAAUUUAUACCAAGAUAAGUUCAAAAUGAUUUAGACAAAAAUGGUGAUAUCAUAAGCACGUUAGGGAAGCAUAGAAAAAAUUACCUGCAGUUUUAUGGUUAAGGGAAAAGUUCAUAAUCAAAAAAGAGCUAGAAAUGAUCACAUUAGGCAAAAUAGAUCAUUUUGAUUACAUUAAUUUAAAAAGUUUUUGCAGAAACAAAACCAAUGUGGUUAAAAUUAGAAGGAAAACAGAAAACUGGGGGAUUUUUUUUUUCAAAAAAUUUCUUUGAUAAGGAUCUCAUUUCUCAAACAUACAAACCCGAGUCAAAUGUAAAAAUAAAACCCAUUCCCCGAUUGAUGAGUGGUCAAAGGAUAUGAACGGGCAAUUUUGAGAAGAGGAAAUCAAAAGUAUUAAUAGUCAUAUGAAAGAAUUCUCUAACUCGCUAAUAAUUUUUAAAAAUGGAAAUUAAAGAAACUCAGAUUCUACAUCAAACCUAUCAGAUCGGAUAACAUGACAAAAGAAAGAUGACACUUGCUGGAGGGGAUGUGGGAAAAUAGGGACACUUAUUACAACUGUGAACUAAUUCAACUAAUCUGACAGAGCUAUGUCCAAAUUGUUGUCUAACUGUACAUACCCUUUGACCCAACAAUACUGUUACUAGAUCACAGAAAAAGAAAGGUACCUGUUUGUACAAAAAAGAUUUAUAGCAGCUCUUUUUUGGUGGCAAAAGAAUUGGAAACUGAGUAGAUACUCAUCAUUCGGGUAAUGGCUGAACAGGUUGUGAUACAUAACAAUGUAAUGCAAAACUGUUGUGUUAUGAAAAAUAAGUAGGAUGCUUUCAGAAAGACCUUGGAAGACUCAUGAACUGAUGAACUAAGAAGAAUAUUGUAUGUGGUAACAGCAAUAUUGUAAUGAUAAUCAACUGUGAAACAUUUAGCUACUCUGAUCAAUACAAUGAUCCAUAACAAUUCCAAAGGACUCAUGAAAAAAUUCUGUCCACCUCCAGAGAGAGAAUUGAUGAACUCUGAGGGAAGAUUGAAAUGUAUUUUUUCACUUUAUUUUUCUUGCUUUUAAUUUUUUUUGCAACAGAGUUAAUGUGGAAAUAAUGUUUUGCAUGACUUUAUAUGUAUAAUGGAUAUCGUGUUUCUUGCCAUUAUCAGUGGGUUAGGGAGGGGGAAAAUUUGAAACUGAAAAUUAAAUAUAUAUCUAUAUAUGUGAAUGCAUGCUACUAAUGAAUAAAUAAAUGUUGAUUGUCAGCA